AUGAUUUUUAAACCUUGGGCCGAAUUUCCUCCUCCUCGCCAUCUUCUGGACGACCAAGAAGAUGCAGAUAUUGAAGACCCAGAACCAGCAACUUUUUCCGCCACCCUAAGCCCCGCACCCCGAGCCCAGCCAAUUUCUCGUUUGGUGGUUGUGGCCUCGCGUCUUGUACCUUUAUUCCGUGCAUAUGAAUCAGCUUCUGUAGCUUACACUGUAUCUCUGACAGCUUCGCUUCCAAAGAGUCUAACAGAAUCUUUGGAUGAAGAUGAUGAUGAUGAUGAUGGGACCUUUGCCCCAGAAUCUCGUUCACCAUUUGUUCUCAAACUUCCAAUUUUACAAAUUGACUCAAACACAUUGCUUCUGCCCUUGGCUCCAGGAACUCCAGUGCCUGCUACCCAUGAACUGGCUGCAGCAUUAGGUGGUUUGGCAAAUGAAACAAUUGUUCUGGCAGCCACUGGUGGUGCUGCUGGGUCAGGCCGUGUGGGAGGUGCACAAAUGCCUGUCGCUAGUCUUAUAUCAAGUGCUGCUGCAAAUUCUCCAUUAUUAUUGCCUGGCCUUGCUGCUGUCCCCCCACUAAGUGUUCCGGAAAGUUUACAAGGUGCACCCGCUGCAAUUCUUGCUCGUGCAGAGUUGGAAAAUAGACGGGCACUAGCCUUGGUAGUUGCAGGCGAAGGUCCUGUGGAUCACGAGCAAGUGGAUUCUGAUGGUCUAUUAGCACUUGCAUACUUAGUCAAAACCAGCCUCGGCCUACAACAAACACAAUCCACGCUCCCAUCGCAAUCAUCUCGAAUGUAUCUGUAA